UCAAAAUGUCAUUUAGAAAGACCCACCAACAUGGCGGACGAGCUGCCUUCCGAAUUUGAUGCGAUUGUUUUGGGCACUGGGAUGGCAGAGUCCAUCCUAGCUGCUGCCCUGGCCCGCUGUGGACAGAAAGUGCUGCAUUUAGACAGAAAUGAUUACUACAGUGGGGGCUGGGCCACCUUCAACUGGGAUGGCCUACAGCGCUGGAUCACCAGACAGACACACCCAGCUGUUCAAGCAAUGAAUGAGGCAGAAGGGACCAAACCUGUGGAAUGUUCCAAGUUGGAGGAGGGGGAGUCAGCUCUGUCAGUCCCUCAGCAGGCAAAUACCAUCUCCAACUUAGAGAUGUUUACUUAUGUCAGAGAAAAAGCAGAAGAACCCCCACCUGAAGAGAAAGAAGCACAGGAGGUAGUGACUGACAAAGAAGAGGGACAGACAUCAGGAGCAGAGGAAAUCCAGCAGCAAAUUCAUACUACAGAAGAUUCAGAACAAGCUACAGGUUUAGGUGAAUCCCCAGCUGAUGCUACACCUGAAGAAUUGGCUAAAGAAACUGAAAGUGAUGACAAAAGUGAUGACAGGUGUGAUGAAAAAAAGGAAGACAGCCCAGAAGAAAAGAAACAACAGGAAAAACAAGAUGGCCUGGAGGAAGAGAAGCAAGAUAGCCAAGAAAAAGGAACACUUGAGAGCCCAGCACCAGCUAGCAGUGUUGUUCAACAGGAAAAGGUUCAAGAAAAAUCAGAGCCUCCAAAGAAAAUGGAACCUAAGAAAUGGAGCAUGGAUGACAUUCACAAGGAGUGGAGGAGGUUCAACAUCGACCUCUCUCCUAAGAUGUUGUUUGGGCGAGGUUCCCUGGUGGAGCUGCUCAUCACCUCCAACAUCAGUCGGUACUGUGAGUUCAAGGCUGUUAGCAGGAUCCUGACUCUGCUGAAUGGGCAACUGGAACAGGUGCCGUGUUCGCGAGCGGAUGUGUUCAGCAGUAAGUUUGUGACCGUGCUGGAGAAGCGGAUGCUGAUGAAGUUCCUGACCUUCUGUGUGGAGUAUGAACAGCAUCCAGAGGAGUACCAGGGCUGGGAGGAGAAGCCUUUCUCAGAGUACCUGCAGUCCCGACAGCUGACUCCAAACCUGCAGCACUUCAUCUUCCAUGCCAUCGCCAUGGCAACAAGAGAUGCCACAACUCUGGAGGGUUUGAAGUCCACCCAGAGGUUUUUGCGGUCCCUUGGUCGCUAUGGCAACACACCAUUCCUGUGGCCUCUGUACGGACCAGGAGAGCUACCUCAGUGCUUCUGCAGGAUGUGUGCUGUGUUUGCUGGUAUCUACUGUCUCCGAAGAGCUGCCAGGGAGUUGAUCAUCGACAAGGAUAGUAACAAGUGUAAGGGUAUUGUCUGCACAGAAGGACAAAGGAUCAGCUGUAGGUGGAUGGUGAUGCAAGGCAGUUACGUGCCCCACAUGUGCAGAAAACCUGAUCCUCCUGUUGGGUCUGUAUCCAGAGGCAUCUUCUUUACAGACAGAUCCCUGAAGGCUUCAGAGAACGAGCAGAUCACCCUGCUGUCCAUUCCACCAGUAGAGGGCAGCAACUUCCCAGUCAGAGCUGUGGAACUGGGAAAUGGGGCCUCAGCCUGUCCUAAGGGCAUGUUUGUUGUUCACCUGACAAGUCAAGGCACUGGUUCUGCCAAAGCUGACCUCCAGCCCGCAGCUGAGAAGUUGUUCCAGCCUCUGGAUGGUGAAGAUGCAGACACAGAGUCAGACAGACCCAAAGUGCUGUGGUGUGUGUACUUCAACCAGCUGGACACCACAGACUGCGAUCCCAGCAGCCUCUACACAGGGCUGCCUGAGAACAUUGUGGUCACAUCUGGGCCAGGCGUGGAUCUGGGGUACGAGCAGGCAGUACAACAGGCAAGAAGCCUGUUUGAGCAGAUGUGUCCAGGGGAAGAGUUUCUCCCCGCAGCCCCUAACCCUGAGGACAUCAUCUAUGAGGACGAUGAUGGUUACAAGUCCGGCGAGGCCCCCAGCAGCUCCGACAACUCCGAGGAAAAUGGGAACGACAGCGAGUGGAAACCCGACCAGGAGAAGCUGGACGAAGGAGUCGCGGGCGCUAGUAAUGAAGUAUCCCAGGAUGCAGCAGGAGAGGGAGCUCAGGGUGGGGAUGAGGGGCUGCCACAGGGAGGGGGCGAGGAAGUCCCCCAGGGUGGGGAGGGUACAGGUGAUGCAGAGGCAGCAGCAAAGGAUACACAGGAGGCUGAAAUGUAAAAUUGCAAGGACGAAUGCUAUAAUUCAGCCCCUGAGGUCCAUCCUCAUGGGUAAAAAUUUUGGCAACUUAUUCAAUAGGAGUUACUUCAGAAUAAUUGUCUAGAGUAAAGGGGAGGGGGGGGAGGACAUUCCCCAAGAUUGAUAGGGUACAGGCAAUGUAGAGGCAUCACCAAAGGACAGAAAGGGUCAGGCUGAAAUGUAGGAUUAGAAGGACACUUGUACUGGAUAAGGUCAGUAAAUUGGCGAAUCUGUGAUGUCAUGCCAAAAUGUUGGCAACAUGAUUAGUAUGUAUUACUUUAAAAAAGGUAUUAUUGUCUAAAGAAAAGUUAAGUUGGAAGCCAAAAAUUUAAAAUUUGUUGAUUCCCACAUUGAAAAAUCUGCAGGACAGUACCUCAGAAUCCUCUGUAUGCUUGCACUGUUAAACAAUACAAACAAUGCAAUACUGCAUAUUCCAUAUAAGGUAUUGACCAUAUUUAAUGUAGCCUUCUAUUCAGAGGAACCUUUGAAGUGUUGGCACCUUUUAGGAUAGUGAAGGAGGUAACAUUGUAGACUUUGCCUUUUCAAGAACACAAUGAAUAGGACUAGAUUGAUAAUCAUCUUGCCUCAAGCUUUUUUGAUGGUUUAUCAAGAUCUUGAUAUUGAAGUUCAUUUGAAUUAUGUUUUCAUAUUUGUUGUAAAUGUUUACUUGUACAUGUUGUUUCUCUUCUCUCUAAUAAAAAGCUGGGCAAGGCUGAAAUACAAGAUAUUUCCACUCUGUAGUCUGUAAUGGACAUUGAUAAGCAAAGUAUAGAAUUUGAAAAUCAUUCCCACUAUAGAGUCUUUACAAAUUACUGAACAUUUUAUAGGAAGUUAGAUCGAAAAUUGCUUUCUACCAAACUUUUGGCUGUAGAUUAUGUCAGCAAUGUAAGGUGCAGUUUGCUUCUGAAAAAUCCAAACUUAACUCUAAGAUCAUGUUAUUGAUCGAUACAGAUGAGUAUUCAAGUUGAGCUAUAUUUAAAGCUGUAACAUAUUUUGUUGUUGGUCAUCACCAAUUAACUACAUUUCAGUCAUGAUAAGACUGUUGUUAGAAAUAUGCACAAAGACUAUCAUUUAUUAAAUGUCAUGAUAUUAGCUUAGCAGGUUCCGUAUGUCUUUGUUAAAACAUAUGUUGAUUAGAAAAGAAACAAACACAGAGUUUUACACAUACCACAUUUAUUGGCUGCUUGGAACAGGUGACAUGACAGAGUUUUUACAAAGCCGUUUGAGAGAUAUUCAAUGCUACUUAACCCUUUGUUCACUGCCUUGCACUUUACCCAACC